AUGUCAUUUUGUCCGCAUCACCUCCUGCGAUCCCGCUUAAGCGCUGGACUGCAGCAGAGGCUGCAUCUAGGGCAAUGGAAUCGAUACCGCGCAAGUGCUCCGAGGGCGCGGUAUUUUGUGGAUGAUGCAUCCAAGUCGAAUGUUGCUUCUCCGCGCGAAAUUGAAGCCUUUGGCCAUGGGUUAAACGCCUCCUCUGCCUCUCGCGAUGCUGUCAGGGAGAGUGACCAGCUUCAACGACCUCCGACGUUCGAAUCAUCCUCGACUCCUGAUCAGACGCACGAUAUCGAUCCCCAAACAGACGACCCCUCCGGUUCUCCAGUAUCACAAGACGAUUCAGCGCAUAUAGCACCAACCGAAUCAUCAACACUUCGCCAGGCUCGUUCUGCCGCCCCUAUCCUAUCACUUUCUCGGCGCCGAACUGCUGUUAAACGAGGUCUCCGGCCGCGGAUCGUUUAUAACACACUCACCGUCAUCAAUGGGGAGAAAACUCCCAAGCAAAGGCUAGUGAGCGAGGAAGCUAUAGAACUAGAGAAAAGUAUCAGAGCGAAGUCCCUGUUCUACGACGGUAACGAAGUUCGGAGCUGGAGGGUCGGCUGCACCGAGCUAUACAAAGCCAAAUAUUACGGACGGAAAGCACGAGAGGAAUUGGUACCCUCGAAAUUGACUAGGGAAGACACGAAGCUCCUCGAGAAGAUCAAUGCCGACUGCCUGGGCGAAUUUCGGGAGGCAUGGGAGGCCUUGGACAAGAACGCGAAAGCCGACCACUGGAAGCGCUUGUCGCUGUGGUUGUUGCAACAUUCACCACAGAAGGCCCUCGAGUUUUUGCUGGUUACUUCGCAAAGCCCCGACAAGCCGGUCUUUCUCAUGGUCUCCGACUGCCUCUUGUACCUGGAAGCGUUCCUCUCUCAGGAAUUGAAGGGCAAGAAAGUUGGAUCGCAUACCUACGACUCUGUCAUCGAGACGUGCUUGGACCCGCAUACGUGGCCUGUGCUAUUCCUACCCCAGAAAGGUGUCCGGCUCUACCUGAAAAAGGCAAAGCGAGCAAGCGUCUACCAUGCGUACAAACUCGCAUACCAGCGACGAGCUCACUUGAAGGCGGAAACCUUCCUCUGUUUCAUGCGUCGGUUUAUCGAAUUCAGAGAUAUCGACUCGGCAAUCAAGGUGCUCGAGCGACUGCAGAGAUUACGACAACACGAAUUCUCCUUGAAUUCUGAUGGGGUCAUGCGUCAUUGCUGCAAGCUUUUGUUGCUCGACUCGGUCGUGGAUGGACCUAACGGGCGCAAUUUUCGCAUCCUCCCUAGACUUCUUGAGCUUGGGGUACGGCCGGACCGGGACAUGAUGAACGUGGUCCUGUCCAAUGCGUUCAAGACCGGCGAUCCCCAACUGGGUCUCGAUAUGCUGGAUUUCAUGACGAGUCAGGGCCUAGAGCCGGACUCGUACACUUACCUGACCCUCCUCAGCGAUGCCGUGUCUCGUGGAGACCGCGAACGUGUACAGUCGCUGGUGCAGGAGAUCAAGAGCCGAGGCGAUCUCCAAAAGAACCCUUGGAUUGCGAGCAAGAUGUUCCAUGCUCACUUCGUUUUCACGGCGAAACAUGCCGACUCGGACGCCGAUCUGAAUUCCAUCUUCUAUUCCAUGCUGGACAUGUAUAACCAGUUACACGACAUCACGCCUUUGAAAGAACUCUCCAUCAUCCCUCCCGAAUACACCCCGCCGCCGGGGGGCGGUGAUCUGCCCCCCUCCCCUGUUGCGCUGUAUCUCAUGAUCGCGACAUAUCUGCGUUGUCAGAAACGCAUCUUCCACGCCCAGCGCAUCUAUUCCAAAUAUCGGUCUCUGGUAUUAAGCGGGCAUGAAACCAUCGCGCCGCUUGCCGCAACAGACCACACCUAUAACGAGUUUUUGGUCGCCUUCCGCAACGAUCCCCGGGGUCUUCGCCCGUCGGUGCGAUUAGUGGAAGACAUGCUGCAGUCUGCCACCGAAGCCAGUACAGAAGGGCAGGAGACCGCCAUUACUCCCGCCAAGCCGACCGUUCGGACGUGGACUCUGCUGUUGAGUGCAUUUGUGUUCAACCGGCAACCGCUUGCCGCCGAGAAAGUCCGCGAAAUGAUGGCCAAACACGGCGUCGAAUACAACAUGGUGACUUGGAACAUCAUCAUUAAUGGUUACGCCAACGCGCAGAACAUUCCCGAGGUUGCAAAUACGAUUAAGGCGAUGGAGGACCAGGGGUUCAGCAUUGAUGCGUAUACCAUGAAGUGUCUUCGCUACCUGCGCGACCCCGAACGGCUGUGGGUUGCGGUCGAGGAGUUGGACAAGUCGUCCGAGACCGGCCUUCAGAAGACGGAUUCGACGUCGGAUGUUUCCGAUAUUGAGGAAGAGAAGUUGUCCGGGAGUGAGGAUUUCCUUGACCAAGGGCUGCAGCGGUUGAGGGAAAGAAUGGAGCCCAAGUUAUGA